AGAAUUCGUCGCGUGUCGGUCAUGCGCCGUGUGUACGCGGUGUCCCGCCGCCGGUGGCUCUCGUCCGCCGCGUCCCAAUUGGCCUUGGACCCUUGCCAGAGCGAUGGCCGCACCGACGGUGACGCGAGAUGCGUCAUCCGCCUCGAGGCGCUGCAUGCACCCGAGCUCGUCGAAGACCUCAAGGCUGCGCGUCGGGAUGCGGCCACGGGCCGCUUCGUGCAUCCUGCCCACUGGAAGUACGAGAUGACGACGCUCAUGGACGUUCUCAAGUGGAAGUGGAACACGACGACCGACGGCCCAUGCGUGCCGACGGACGUCGCCGAGCUCGACGCGACGCUGCCAGUGUUGACGCCCGACUUUGCACCCGCGAUUCCCAUCGACCACGCGCGCAUGACGUGGCUCGGCCACGCCUCUGUCUUGCUCGAAGUGCCCGUGGACGCCAACGGGCGCAAGAUGACAGUCUUGACCGAUCCCGUGUUUACAGAGCGCUGCAGCCCCGUGCAGUGGGCCGGCCCCAAGCGAUACCGGCCAGCGCCGCUUCAAGUCGCCGACCUGCCGAAUGUAGACGCCGUCGUGAUCAGUCACAACCACUACGACCAUUUAGACGAGACGACGAUCUCGGAGCUCCAUGCGCGGUUUCCGACACUGCAGUGGUUUGUGCCGCUCGACAACACUCGGUUUUUGGCGCCACUGGGUAUUCCCGUCGGCCAGAUCACGGAGCAAAACUGGUGGGACGCAACGCGUGUGACGCUGCAAGAGGCCGAGUUUACCUUCUCGCUCGUGCCUGCCAUGCAUUGGAGCCGCCGGUACUUUCACGACACGAACCGGUCCCUCUGGGGCGGCUGGGUCGUCCAAGGCGUCGGCGGCUCGUUCUACUUUUCCGGUGACACGGCCUACUGCUCGUCCUUCAAGGCGAUUGGCCACCGGUUUGGCGAAUUCAGCGCCUCGGCCAUUCCGAUUGGCGCGUACGGGCCGCGCCAUAUCUUUGGUUUGCAGCACUGCGACGUGGCCCAAGCCAUCCAGAUCCACGAGGACGUCUGUAGCAAAUCGUCGCUAGGGAUCCACUGGGGCACGUGGACGCUCACGGGCGAGCACUAUCUGGAGCCCAAGCGUGAUCUGCAGCGGCUCAUGGCCGACACGAAUGAUCCGGAUGCGUUCUACACGCUCGACCAUGGCGCGUCACGGAUCGUGCGGUGGCGACUCGAUUGA